UUUAGAUUAGAACCUAUAUCUUAUAUUCAAAGAUAUUAUAAGAGGAAUAUGAAUAGAUCUGAUAUUUUUCAUGAUAAAAAAGAAAGAGGUUCCAAAGUAUAUUCAAAUGUGUCUUCAUUCCAUUCUUUUAUUCAAGAGGGUAAGGAAGAAGUUGAGAGUUUUUCUAUAUGGGGAAGUAAUAGCGUUUUAGAUCAUAUAGAUGUUCUUAGGGAUAAUGGAACUGUAGUUUUUUCUGUUCAACCACAUUACCUUGAUAUAUAUACGUGUAAAGAAGCCAUAUUAUUUACUACAUCAUUUUACAAGGAUCUUGAUAAAAGUUCAAUUACAAAAAUUAAUGCAUCUAUUGAAAAAAUUAACGAAGAAAUAAUCAAGAAUGAAAAACAAUGUUUAGUUGGUGGGAAAACAGAUUUUGAUAAUUUACUUAUAGUUUUAGAAAAUGCUGAAAAAGCAAAUGUUAGAAAAACAUUAUUUGAUAAUACAUUUAAUAAUUAUAAAAAUAAGAAAACUAAUUUUUACAAUUGUUUGAAAAAUAAAAAAAAUGAUUAUGAUAAGAAAAUAAAUAAUAUAAAGAAUGAGAUUAGAAAAUUAUUAAAAAAUAUUGAAUGUACAAGAAAUAUGUGUGAAACGAAAUCAUAUGUUAUGAAUAAUAAUUUAUAUUUAUUAAGAGUGAAUGAAGUUAAAAGUACACCUAUUGAUUUAUACUUAAAUCGAGCAAAAGAGCUAUUAGAAUCAAGUACCAAAUUAGUUAAUCCUAUAAGAAUGAAAUUAGGUGAUAAUAAAAACAUGUACUCUGUUGGAUAUAUACAUGAAGAAAUUAAAGAUAUUAUAAAAAGAUAUAAUUUUCAUUUGAACCAUAUAGAAAAAGGAAAAGAAUAUAUAAAAAGGAUAACACAAGCAAAUAAUAUUCCAGACAAAAUGAAGAAAGAUGAACUUAUAGAAAAAAUUUUGGAAUCCUCAAAAAAUUUUGCUAGUUUUAAAUAUAGCAAUGAAAUGAUAAGCAAAUUAGAUUCGUUAUUUAUAAAAAAUGAAGAAAUACUUAAUAAUUUAUUCAAUAAUAUAUUUAAUAUAUUCAAGAAAAAAUAUGAAACAUAUUUAGAUAUGAAAACAAUUGAAUCCAAAUAUACAACUGUAAUGACUCUAUCAGAACAUUUAUUAGAAUAUGCAAUGGAUGUUUUAAAAGCUAACCCUCAAAAACCUAUUGAUCCAAAAGCAAAUAUUGAUUCAGAAAUAGUAAAAUUACAGAUGAAAAUAAAUGAGAAAUCAAAUGAAUUAGAUAAUGCUAUAAGUGAAGUAAACACACUAAUAAUAAUAAUGAAAUCAUUUUAUGAUGUUAUUAUGUCUGAAAAAGCUUCUAUGGAUGAAAUGGAAAAAAAGGAAUUAUCCUUAAAUAAUUAUAUUGAAAAAACAUAUUAUAUAUUAGAAACGUCUGAUAUUUUUAAGUCUAAAAGUAAUAUUAUAAAUAAUAAUAGUAGAAAUAUUAGUUCUAAAUAUAUAAUUAUAGAAAGGUUAAAAAAAUAUAUUGAUGAAUUAAAUAGUCUUAUAUCAGAUUUUAAAGAGUCACAAGAAACAUUAAUAAAAGAUGAUGAAUUAAAACAAAACAUAAAAACGGAUUAUUUAAAUAACGUGAAAUAUAUAGAAGAAAAUGUUACUCGUAUAAAUGAAAUUAUAUCAUUAAAACAAUCUAUAACUCAAGGAAUAGCAGAUAUUGAUGAAUUAAAUAGUUUAAAUUUAAUAAAUAUAAAUGAUUAUAUAAAUGAAAAAAAUAUAUCACAAGAGAAAGUAUCAAAUAAUCUUUAUAAAUUAUAUAAAGGAAGUUUUGAAGAAUUAGAAUCUGAACUAUCUUAUUUUUUAGACACAAAAUAUUUGUUUCAUGAAAAAAAAAAUGUAAAUGAACUUGAAACAAUUUUAGAAUCAUCAAAUAUUGAGUGUGCU